AUGUCCUCUGUCUGUCCUAAUACAAAGGAACAGUUAGCAAGAUGGGCAGAACAUUUUAAAGAACUUCUAAACAGACCACCGCCUGACAUAACACCAGAUAUUAACAAAGCCAAAGACGAACUUAAAGUCAACCUUCACCCUCCAUCCAAAAUUGAAAUAAAACAGGCAAUUAAAAAGAUAAAAUCAGCCAAAUCUUCUGGCCCAGACAACAUUCCCCCAGAAGCUCUAAAAGCAAAUCCAGAUCUUACAGCAAAUAUCCUUCACAAGAUCUUCAACAGCGUAUGGAAAGACGAGGAAAUGCCUCAAAACUGGAACAGCGGCCAUCUAAUUAAGCUGCCCAAGAAAGGAAAUCUUAAAGAAUGCAAAAACUACAGAGGCAUUGCACUACUAUCAGUAGUUGCAAAAGUGCUAAACAGAAUCAUCCUAACAAGACUCUUGAAGGCCAUACACGAGAAGCUCAGAGACCAACAAGCAGGCUUCAGAAAAGAUCGAUCAUGCACGGACCAAAUAGCAACACUGAGAAUAAUCAUAGAACAAUCUCUAGAAUGGAACACAUCCCCAUUUCUCAACUUUAGUAAACAGCCUAUUAGUAUUAAAAUAAGGGAUACCAUCCAGGAAGAAGUUGAGGAGUUUACUUACCUAGGAAGCAUUGUGAGUGUGAAUGGAGGUACUGAUGCUGAUGUUAAGACCAGAAUAAACAAGGCUAGGGUCAUCUUCAACAUUCUGGGGAAAGUAUGGAAUGCAAAGAACAUCUCGAGAAACACUAAAAUCAAAUGUAAAGUGUGCUUCUGUAUGGGGCAGAAACAUGGAGAACGACAAAUGCCACGAUUUCAAAAAUUCAAAGAUUCAUCAAUUACUGCCUGCGCAGAAUAA